GGAAGGAAGGAAGGAGCUGGAAGGAGCAGCUUGACACCUCAACAGUCAGUCGCCAUGUCCAAGAAACAGGAAAACAGUCCUGUUAAGAUCAGCAGGACCCAGGCCGCUGACCUGGCUUUGGUCAUUUCUCGCAUGCAGAAGAAGGCGGACCAAGUGGAGAAGAACAUCUUGCGAGCCGAGGAUCUGCUGAGUUUGGACAAGCAGCGCGAUGUGAAGAACCAGACUCUGAUGCACCAGAAAGAAAGCGCAGACAACCUGUCGGAGGCGGAGGGUCUGAUUAAAGACCUCUUCAUGGACGUGGACAAGGCCAAGCGCCUGCAACACCCGCAGGCUUCUGAGAUCGACCGAGAUGUCAGAAACCUGCACGACCGCUGGGUGAAGGACUGUUCCAUCUUCCGGGAGCUCUACGACCAAAUGCAGGAUUUGGUGCUGAAACACAGAAUAGACUGGGGUUCGGCGUUGGACGACAAACAGAGGCGUUUGGACACGGACGGUUACGGCCUGGGCCUGCCGGAUGUGGAGAAGAACAUCGCAGCUCACAACAUCCUGCAUCAGGAGAUCGAGGCUUACAGUGACCAGCUGAAGCCCGACACCACAUCUUCGCAGAGCCAGUAUGCUGAAUUUAAAGUAAAACUGGAUCAGCUUUUGGAGAACUCCCGCAGGAGGCGUAAACACCUGGCAUCUCUGUACGAGUACAUGCAGAGCUGCGGUAAAGAACUGGACUACUUGUCUCAGCAGCAGGACAGGAUCCUGCACAGAGACUGGAGCGACCGCAUGCCUGACCCCUCAUCUGUUCGCAUGGAGUAUGAGAAAUUCAAAACCAACGGUCUGCUAUCACACGAGCGUGAGGUGAACCAGCUCUUGGAGGAAGGAGAUCGCCUGGUGGUCUCCGAUCACCCUGGCAGUGCCACAGUACAGGCCCACAGAGAUGCUGUGCAAAGUAGAUGGCAGUCCUUCCUCAACUUGUGUCUAGCACAGGAAAUACACCUGGACAAUGUUGAAGACUACAAGAAGUUCCAGCUGGAUGCCGAGACGUUGUCGGAGUCGGUGGACAGACUCACCAACAACCUGGACCCGAAGUUUUUGACCGGGAAGAGCAACUCAGAGGUUCUCUUGGACAUUCAGGGAGACGAACCGGCGCUGAAGAGGAACGAGCAGCGCCUGGCGGCCCUCCGAGAAAUCAGCCGCAACGUAGUGCCUCUGAAGCUCCGCCGGAGCAAGCUGACCAAGCCCGCCAAGGCCGUGGCUCUGUGCGACUGGGAGGACCAAAACGGAGCAGUGAGGCGCGGCGAUGAGCUGACGUUAAAGUCCAUCCGCGAUAAUGAGAUGUGGGAGCUGCAAGAUAGCGGCAGGAGGACCAAGACUCUUCCCGGGGCGUGUUUUAUGGUGCCGCCGCCUGAUGACGAGGUCAUGCAGAAAGUCGACAGUUUUGAGAGGAAGUUGUCCGACUUGAAGAAACAAAGAUCGGCUAUGAUGACCUCACUGAAGGCCCCCACUGUGGAGGUGGAUCGCCCUCGGAAGGCAGUUCCAGUGCGAAGCGCCUCAGGAGACCCGAAAGCUGCACAACUGGCCGGACAGCUCGAUGAGCUCAACGGCAAUCUGGAUCUUUGCAAAAUGGACAUCCAGAGACGACUGAGGACUCCUCUGGACAACCGCGAGCCGGUACUCGACCUAGAAACCAGGCUGCAGGAUCACAAGAAAUCAGCCCAGACGGCGAGGAGGCUCGAGUCAGAGAAGUCUGCCAUUCAGAGAGACUUGGAGCCAGUUCUGGCCAAGAAACCACUCGGACCGCACGCUUCAAUCUUGCCACUCAAACUGGCUGCUGCCAACACCAAAAUGGACGACAUCAACAGCCUGAUUGAUCUUUAUGAUAAAAAAGCUUCAGCCUCCAUGUUCCUGGAGAGGCAGAUGCAGAAGGUAGAAGGCACGGUCUCUGGGUUCGAGCAACAGCUCGUUAAAGAUGGCGCCAUUCCAGACCAAACAAAUGCUCUGAUGAACCGCGGCCGGCACCUGCAGGACAUUCGUCAGGUUGUUGCCUUAAAGAAGGACGACUUGAACACAUUGGGGAGGGACUUGGACAUGACGAAGCAGGUGUGUAGCUCCCUGCAGCAGAACUUCAAUGAGUACUGUCCGGACAUCCGCCGCCAGGAGAGUGAGGUGAAACAUCUGAAGAACCGCUUCACCAAUGUCAAUAAUCAACUCCAGGAAAGGAAUACUUUAAUACAAGAAGCAAGCAAUAAAAACCAAGACUUCCAGAGUAGCGCUCAGUCACUGGAUUUCUUUUUGGUCAAUGUGCCAAACAACACAAUCAGACCCACUGAUGGCGUGGCCCAGAUAACUGCCAAGCAGAGCUCUCAGAAGAAUUUGAUGCAAGACAUUCAGAGGAAAUCGGGCGAUAUGCGCCGAAUCCAGGAGCUUUCCCGUGAACUCCAGAACACCUUAAAUGAAUACGAAAUCCAAUCCAAGACAUACCGCAGCACUUUGAAUGAUAAUGACGAUGAAGAUGAUGAUGAAAAUGACGAUGAACCCAUUUUGAAAAAACGUCAAAGUUCGACUAUGGCCCAUGCCAUCCAGAGAAAGGAAAAAGACUUACUGAACCGUUUGGCUGAGGUGUCUGCAGAGAAUGAGCAGCUUCUCAACCAGAUGGGGACAGCCAAGAACAUCCUUCUCAGGAAUGAAGAGAGGGUCAGCAGUGUAGUGGUUAACCAGCAGCUGCAACUACAGAGCCAGAGGCAAGACAUGGAAGAGGCAGACGUCUUGAAGAUCGACCUGGAAGAAGAGAUGUCCCGUCGUUUACACACUGAAAAUGACCUGGAAACAUACAGGCAGAGAUACCUGUCUUUGAAAAGUAGGAAAGGAGUAGAGAGGUUAGAGGAGACGGAGGUGGUCGAGUACUACCGUGAUCCGAAAUUAGAAGCUGAUCUACAGUCUCUGAGAAGCAAAAUCAGAGAUGAAGAAUUGAAGAGGUCAAAAACUAUUUCGGAAAUAGAGAUACUCGGCAAGAAAAUCAUUCAAAUGGAAAGUCAGAUGACCAGUGUUGAACCUAAAUUGUUAACCAGAGAGGUAACUGAAUAUGAAAGAGACCCGCAGCUGGAGAUAGAAGCUGACAAUAUACGGAGUGAGAUGCAGAGAUUACGAAUGGAGCUCCAAACAAUAAGUUCUGAGACCAUUCAUGUGAAAAAUGAGCUAAAGCUUCUGCUUCAGAAGAAACCCAAAAUCAGGGAGAAGGUUGUGAAGAAGGAAGUGGUGAGGCUUGAAAAGGAUCCAGAGAUGCUUAAAGCGGUUUUCACAUUCAAGAAUGAUAUUGCAGCGGGAGAAUCCCAAUGCCUGUCAAUCAAUAACAGUAUAUUCAGCCUGAGGAGCCAGAUAAACACAUUAGAAAGGGUCAUUCCCACCAUCGAACCGAAGAUUGUCAGUAAGGUCGUGAAGAAGGUACAACAAGAUCCAGAAUCGCUAGAAGAGUCAAAGAAACUACACAUGGCCUUGGAGGAAGAGAAAGAUGAAAAUGUUAUCUUGCUCAAAGACCUGACCACACUCCAGUUACGGUAUGGUGAAGUGGAGAAGCUGCGACCGAAGUAUGAAGUUAAAGAGGUCAUCAAUGAGAUUUUAAGAGUUGACCCUGAAACAGAAAUGGAGCUGUUACGUCUGAGGAAUGAGCUGCAAGAUUGUAAUCGAAAACGCAUGACUGUGGAGCAAGAAACUAACAUAGUGAUGACCACUCUGACCACUCUGCGUGCUCAAAAACCCAAGGUCGAGUACAAGGAAGUGACUCAGGAUAUUAUCAAAGAAGAGAAAAGUCCAGAGGUCCUCAGGGAACUACAGCGCUUAAACAACCAAGUUUCACGUCUUCAAGUCAACUACGAUACCACCCUUGAGCUGCUGAUGCGUCUGCGAAAAGAAAGAGAUGAAUUGAAAGCUACAAAAUCCAGAGUGGAGACAAAGCUUGUGAAUAAAGAGAUGAUCAAAUAUGAGAAUGACCCUCUUUUGGAAAAAGAGGUUAACAGACUUCGGAGGACUGUUAGAGAAGAGACCCAAAAACGACGCAGUGCGGAAGAAUGUCUUUUUGAUCUUCAGAACCAAUACAUGGUCCUUGAGCGGCAGAAACCAGAGGAGAAGAUGGUGGUACAGGAAGUAGUUCGUCUUCAGAAGGAUCCUAAACAGAUUUUAGAGCAUGAGAGGUUAAACAUGUCUCUCGACGAGGAAAUCAAAUCACGUAGGAAGCUUGAAAUAGAGGUUAGACAACUCAGAGCUCUGAUUCAAGAAAAAGAGAACACCUUGGCUCAGAUGAAUGAACGCCAGAAGAAGAUCAAAAUUGAAUCAGAGCUCAGGUCCAUCAAAGCUCAGAUUCAUGAGCUAGAGACUUCUCCAAAACCCGUUGCGGAAAAGAUAGUCAUUGAGGAGGUCCUGAAAGUGGAGAGGGACCCCAAGCUAGAUACAUUAAUCACUGAAACCCGUGUUCAAAUGGAAGCAGAGGCAAACCAAAUGAAUCGUCUACAGAGAGAAAUCAGAGAAAUCAGGAUGAAGUUGGAAAUUCUGGAAAAGGAGAAGAAAACCGAGAAGGUCGUUUACAGGGAGGUUGUCCGUGUGGAGAAGGACCCAGCAGUGGAGGCCGAGUGGGAACGUUUGAGAAAUCUGGUUGCACAUGAGAGAAAUCUGAGACGCGAUGUAGAAGAAAACCUUCAGACCUAUAGACUCAAACUUAACCAUCUGGAGACUUCUAUAUCUGUGACUACUCAUGAAGAGACCACAAUUGUAACCAACAGAAAUAAUCUGCAGAAAGAAAAAGAGGAUCUUCUCAGACAGCUUAAAUUGCUAGAAACUCAAAUGCAAAACAUCAGCAUUACUUUCCAGCAACAAUCAAAGCUGAUGAGUGAAAGAACCCAAAUGGCAAAGCAGAGGAGUCUCAGGGCCUCCUCGGAAAUGCAACGGCUGGAAAGAGAAAUCCUGACUGAAAAAAGCAAACACCACCAACUCGAGGCGCUCAUUCUUGAGCUGAAGGAAGGCUUAAGAAAAGACGACCAGGCUGAAACUCACACGAGAGAGACGAACCUUUCGACCAAGAUCACCAUCUUGGAUCCAGACACCGGUAGAGACUUGGAUCCACACGAUGCCUAUGUUAAAGGGUUAAUCGACCGCGACCAGUACAUACAACUGUCCAAACUGGAAUGUGACUGGGAAGAAAUCACUUCCAUGGGGCCGGAUGGGGAAACGACGAUUCUGCAGGAUCGUAAGAGUGGGAAGCAGUACUCUGUCACAGAUGCACUGAAAACUGGCCGCUUGACCCAGUAUGAUGUGAUGCGCUACAAGGAAGGCCAUAUGCCCAUUUCUGAAUUUGCUCUUCUUGUGGCUGGAGAAACUGUAAAACCAUUUGCUCUACCAUUAACAAGCCCAAAGUCCCCUAUGAAAUCCUCCCCAUUUGCGCUACCAUUGACAAGCCCAAAGUCCCCUAUGAAAUCCUCCCCACUUUCUCCCCUAAACUCUAUGUCAACUUCCAUGAGGUCAUCCUACACUAGUCUAAACAGUCAUAGUGACAGUGUCAACAACAUCAUUAGUUCAUUGGGUGAUGAGCAAUACCCAAUAUCUGGCAUAUUAGACACCACCACCGGAAGCCGCAUGUCUGUGAGAAGCGCUUUGACUCGGAAGCUCAUAGAUGCCGACACAGCUCUGAAGCUUCUAGAAGCACAGGCAGCCUCAGGGGGAAUUGUCGAUCUCACCAAGAAGGACAAGCUAUCCGUCCACAAAGCAGCUGAACAUGGCCUCAUUGACAAUGCGCAAAUGUACAAGCUCCUCAACGCUCAGAAGGCUUUUACCGGGAUCGAGGAUCCCCUCACCAAAGAGCGUCUCUCUGUGGGACGAGCGGCACAAAAAGGGUACAUACCCCAGGAAAGCGCCCGGUGGUACUUUGAGGCGCAGUACCUGACCGGAGGGUUGGUUGAUCCGACUAAGGCUGGCCGCCUCACUCUUCAGGAAGCUCAAGCAAGUAAUGUGAUCGACAGCAAGAUGGCGGAAGACCUGCAAGAUGAUUCCUCCUACACAAAAGUGCUGGUUGACCCCAUCACCAAAGAGAAAAUAUCUUACAAGCAGGCCAUCGAUAAGUGUAAGAAGGACACCAGCACGGGACUUCUGCUCCUCCCUGCAGCCUCCAGUGAUGAACUGGAUAGUCCUUCAUUCUCCAAAUUUCGGUUCAGUUAGGCAGACAAAGUCUAGGUUGGGAGGUAAACGAGAGAAAAGUUUGCCGCAGCCACCGGUGCUAAAGGCUUCAAGAUAUUACUCAAAAUAAUGAUAUGUACACUACGUUAUGCUUCCAACUUGAAACAAAGAACAUUUUCUGUGCAAGCGUGGUCCCAGCCAUGCUCGGUUGAGUUCGCAGUGGAACAACUUGCACAGAACCCUGACCUCAACCCGAUCCAACACCACUACACGCCAGUGACCUCUGACCCGACUAAGGCUCCGCUACACUGUCUUGUAGAACGAGUGAAAGCUUCUAUACUGCAAAUCAUUUACUCCACCAGUGGGUACUGUGAUCAUGUAGCCAAAUACUUUGUAUACAUAAGAAAUAAUAGAUAGUGAUUUCAAAAUAAAAAAAACCCUUCUGUGGAUCUGGUUUGGGUAUGAUUUGGGGUGCGAAUCCACACAUUUUGUUUUCAUUUUACAGUCCUGUUUUUCUUAAACCGUUGUAUUUCUAUUAUUGCAAUAUAUAUAUUACAUGAAUGUGAAUCGUACUUUAUAUACAUAACAAUAAAAGACAUACCUAAUAAUAUAUGACUUCAC